AUGGCCGCCCCCGCUGAGAACCAGAUUCCGAAGUCGAAGUACGACGACUACGACUUCCCCACGACUGCGCCGGAAGCCCAGUCCGGUCACCCCGGCCACACCACCCCCGAACAGGAUGCAAAGGUGGAACAACUGCGGAGUGAGCUGGAGCAGCUCGGUUACACGGAGAGACUCGAUACCCUGACUCUGUUGCGCUUCUUGCGGGCCAGAAAGUUCGAUGUUGCUGCGUCCAAGACUAUGUUCGUCGAGUCGGAGAAGUGGCGCAAAGAGUUCGGCACUGACGAUCUCGCUCGCACUUUCAACUACGAGGAAAAGCCUCAGGUCUUUGCUUACUACCCCCAGUACUACCACAAGACGGAUAAGGAUGGAAGACCCGUCUACAUCGAGAAGCUGGGCAAGAUCGAUCUCAAUGCCAUGUACAAAAUCACCACCGCCGAGCGCAUGUUGCAGAACCUCGUCACGGAGUACGAGAAGCUCGCCGACCCCCGCCUGCCCGCUUGCUCCCGCAAGGCCGGUAAGCUCCUGGAGACUUGCUGCACUAUCAUGGACCUGAAGGGUGUCGGCAUCACCAGCGUCCCUUCGGUGUACGGUUACGUCCGUCAGGCCUCCGUCAUCUCCCAGAACUACUACCCUGAGCGACUGGGCAAGCUGUACCUGAUCAACGCUCCCUGGGGCUUCAGCACCGUCUUCAACGUCGUCAAGGGUUUCCUCGACCCCGUCACGGUCGAUAAGAUCCACGUCCUCGGUGCCAACUACAAGAAGGAGCUCCUCGCUCAGGUCCCCGCGGAGAACCUGCCCACUGAGUUCGGCGGUACCUGCCAGUGCCAGGGUGGCUGCGAGCUGAGCGACAUGGGCCCGUGGCAGGAGCCGGAGUGGGCCAAGACCCCCAAGUGGGCUCUCCCCAAGGAGCAGAGCUCGUCCACGAACGAGGAGAAGACUGAGACCCCCCAGGAGUCGGAGGCUCCCCAGCCAGCUGCAUAG